GAUUUCGUAGAUUUUAUUUUGUUGAUUCACUUUACUUGACAACUCAAUGAAAUGUAAAUCAAAACCUAACUGACGUCCGUGCCCAGUGGGCUGGCCCCGUGGCCCCGUGGCCCGGUAGGUCAUCCAGAGAGGACAAGAGACGACGAAGGGGAGGGCAUCUACAAGGAGCGGAGGAAAUCAAGGGCUGGACAUUAAUAACUAUCGUAAAAGUUUCCCCGAGGAGUCCAACUUCGGUAUAUAUCGCUGUAAUCAAUGAGACAACGAAAUAUAUAAAAAAAGAAAAAUCGAACAAAAUCGAAGAAUUACUCUGUAACAACAGAUAAUGAUAGAUGGAUCAUUUUCCAACGCGGAAUUCGCGUUGUGCGUCCUCCCUAUGGCUAUUUGUAAUUAGGGCCACCACUGAAUGAAGAAAUAAUGCUUCCUGUUGUCUCUUAUGUGGAUAGUUGUUUGUGUUUAAAAACGCUAUUUUUUGGAAGCGUUGACGCGUUUAUCGAAUAUGAGCCUAUUUAUAAGGGACUGGAAUAAGUUUGUCAGGUGUUAGCUGUUGUAACCCGAUAGGAAUCUCUCUCUCUUCUCGCCGAAGAGUGGAAGUAUGUGAGAUGAUCAUUCCACGUUAGGACUAUAGUUGCCCAUAAAAAAGCAGAGACAUUUAGACACGCCGCUGGUCCGGACUACGGGAUGUACCUGUGAGUUGACCCGAUAUAUAUAACGGCAACUGUUUCCACCGUACUCAUACGGAAGCGUGUCGUUGAUGGAGCUUAAUAAUAGUGGGACCCGCUAGGAUGGACGUGGUUGAUGAAACCGAAGCGUUACAGAGAUUUUUUGAAGGUCAUGAUAUUACCAGCUCCUUGGAGCCAGCGAACAUUGACACGAGUAUUCUGGAGGACUACAUCAGUAAGGAGGACGACAGCACUGACAUCUGUUUUUCUGAGGUCCACAGCGGUGCCCCAGGGCCUAACUCUUACUCAUCACCCCAGGCUGGACUUUCCUCUUCUGGGGGUGGUUUGCAGUGUGGCGUGAGCCCCCCUAUCCCCCUCCGUCAGGAAACCCCCACUCCCACCCCCCAGCCCUGCCAAAACCCCUACCCCCCACCCCUGGGCCUGCUGAGACACAACAACUACCCCUGCCUGGGGCAACAGCACCACCAGCAGAACCACCAGCAGAACCACCAGCAGAACCACCAGCAGAACCACCAGCAGAACCACAUCAAGCCUGAACACAGAGGGCACUACGCACCAGGGACGCUCCCAGAAUCCCCCCCAGACUCCAGCUCUGAGCCGUACUCCCCUCAGCAGGUCAAUGACACUCACAUGCUGAGGACCAUGACACCAGAGAACAUGUGUCACAUGACCUCGCCGCCGCUCCCCCCGCACGGCCACGGCUAUCCAAACAUGCACCGGGACAUGUACCUAAAGCCUGAGCCAAUGAUCACGCAGUACCCCAUUGGUCCCACCUCCAGUGGGAGUUGCCAGGACCUGCAACAGAGCCAGAUGCUGCAUCAACUAUUGCAACACCCACAACAGGGGCAAGAUGGGAUAGCAGUCCACCAGGCGAAGAAGAGGAAACAUUCUGACGAUCCUAACAGCACCCUCAACUCUCAGAUCCUCACAGGUAUCAUCAAACAAGAGCCAGUAGACAUUGUUUCUGGCCCAGGUUUGAUGGCGGAUGCUGAUAACUCCUACCUGGACCCUAACUACCAGUGCAUAAAAUGGCAGCCGCACCAGCAGAACAAGUGGACGCCGCUGUACGACGUCAACUGCAAAGAGCUCCCAAUGCCCACCUAUCGCGUCGACGCUGAUAAAGGUUUUAACUUCUCCCUGGCGGACGACGCCUUCGUAUGUCAGAAGAAAAAUCACUUCCAGGUCACCGUGUACUGCGGCAUGCUGGGAGAUCCCAAGUACAUCAAGACCAGCGAUGGCCUCCAGCCAAUCGACUGCUUCUAUCUCAAACUCAAUGGGGUUAAGCUGGAAGCCAUGAACCAGUCCAUCAACGUGGAGCAGUCCCAGUCAGACCGCAGCAAGAGACCCUUCAAACCAGUACUGGUGACACUGCCCCCGGAGCAGGUUACCAAGGUAACAGUGGGACGACUACACUUCAGUGAGACCACAGCCAAUAACAUGAGGAAGAAAGGCAAACCCAACCCUGAUCAGAGGUACUUCAUGUUGGUGGUAGCGUUGCAGGCCCAGGCCCACAGUCAGAGCUUCACAGUGGCCGCGCAGGUGUCCGAGAGGAUCAUCGUCAGGGCGUCUAACCCUGGUCAGUUUGAGAGUGACAGUGAGGUGUUGUGGCAGCGCGGCCAGCUACCUGACUCAGUGUACCACCACGGCCGGGUCGGCAUCAACACCGACCGGCCAGACGAGGCCAUGGUCAUCCAUGGUAACCUGAAGGUCAUGGGCUCACUGGUGCACCCCUCCGAUAUACGGGCUAAAGAGAACGUCCACGAGGUAAACACUACAGACAACCUGAAGCGGAUCAGUCAGAUGAGGCUGGUUCAUUAUCAGUACAAGCCUGAGUUUGCUUCCAGCGUGGGGAUAGACACCAGCCCAGAGACUGGAGUGAUAGCUCAGGAGGUGCAGCAGAUCCUGCCUGAAGCCGUGAAGGAGGGAGGAGACGUCAUCUGUUCCAAUGGAGAGACCAUCCCUAAACUACUGGUGGUGAACAAGGACCGUAUCUUCAUGGAGAACGUGGGUGCGGUGAAAGAGCUGUGUAAACUGACAGACAACCUGGAGACUCGUAUAGAUGAGCUGGAGCGUUGGAGCAGGAAGCUGGCCAAACUCCGCCGCCUGGACAGCAUGAAGAGCACCGUCAGCGGAGGCACCACCAGCCAAUCAGGAAGCCAGUUCAGCAGGACAGGAAGUGGUCCCCUGAAGAAGAAGACAGUCAAACCUGGGAAUAAGAGUCCGACUCCAGAGCAGGGCUGCGUCAGUCACAGGUUCAUGCAGGGAACCAUUCUGGCUCUAGUCGUCGUCAUGACCUUCAGCGUCAUUUCCAUGUCCGUCCUCUACGUGUUGACACUGCACCACAGAGGGGACGUCAGCAAGACAGACGUGUCUGCAGAGGGAUCAUCUAGGAUGGCCUCUGCUCCUCGAUCCACCAUCUCGACAAGUCAAGAUACAGUCCCACCCUCUCCUUCACUGGCCAAUCCUGCAGCGUGCUGUCCACCAAAAACUGCCACAAACAACCAAUCAGCAACGACUCUGUCGCCAAGCAACAACCAGUCUACACUGGAAGUGAGUAGUCCGGUCCCUACACUGCGCAGCAUCAACAAGAAGGCCAAGUCCAGGCCUAUGGACAAGGACGGACGCUACCGAAACCGUCUCAGCCACACCUCCACCUACCUGACCAAGGUUAAGAAACCUUCCCUUGCAGAGGACCUGGGGGGUGUAGGGGGAGUGGUGGGGGUCAACACCCGACUGCCUGGACCGGGUGGCCCUGAAGACCAGCAGACACUACCCCUACCUCAGAGACAACGCAGGGACAGCACACACAUCAGCACGGAGGAGGCAACAGGACGAAGACCAUCCCUUUCCCUUAUAGAUCUGCACAUCCUGGAGACAGACCAACACAUCUCAUCGCACAACUGUCCCCGUCCUGACAGCUGCAGCUAUUCCGUAUCACUCCAAGGAAACAGCAACUCCUCCUUGUCACAAAUCACUCUACACAUGAGUUCCAGUGCCAGUGUGUGGGUCACACAGUGUGGAGUCACUAGAGGCCGUCUGUGUCCUGAACACAGAGAGACAGAGCUCAACGCUGGAGAAAGAACAGUUACUGAGGGGACAGAUCACCUGUGGUCAGUAUCUGUACUGUCAUUCCAGGACGUCACCUAUCACUUCAGAGUGGCCAAGUCUAGUGAAGUGAGGUGUGGCGUAUCCACGACAUCGCCAUUCUCUGACUACUACUUCCUCAUUCAAAGCAGCUGCUCGUGAGAGGAGAGGAAACUAAGCAUGCAAACUAGUAUUCUGCUUUGAACGUCUACCCUGACUGACCCAGGAUAUCUUAACUGCUACACCUCCUAUCCCAUCCCUCUCUCUCUCUCUCUCUCUCUCUCUCUCUCUCUCUCUCUCUCUGUCUCUGUCUCUGUCUCUCUCUCUCUAUCUCUCUCUCUCUCUCUCUCUCUCUCUCUCUCUCUGGCUCCUUCCUUCCAAUAGGGGAUCGAAAAACUAUUUGUUCUGCUCUCAAACUUAUGAGAGAGGCAUGAAUGUGGGACUGUAUCCACCACAGCUCCGAUAACUUACAUGAUGUGAUACUCAAGUCUAUCAUGACAAUAUAGACUUACAGAGCAUUCGGAGAGUAUUCAGACCCCUUGACUUUUUCCAUAUUUUAUCACAUUUUACAUAAGUAUUCAGGCUCUUCACUCAGUACUUUGUUGAAGCACCUUUGGCAGCGAUUACAGCCUCGUGUCUUCUUGGGUAUGACCCUACAAGCUUGGCACACCUGUAUUUGGGGAGUUUCUCCCAUUCUUCUCUGCACAGCUAUUUUCAGGUCUCUCCAGAGAUGUUCGAUUGGGUUCAAGUCCAGGCUCUGGCUGGGCCGCUCAAGGAUAUUUCCGAAACUUGUCCGGAAGCCGCUCCUGCGUUGUCUUGGCUGUGUGGUUAGGGUCGUUGUCCUGUUGGAAGGUGAAUCUUCGUCCCAGUCUGAGGUCCUGAGCGCUCUGGAGCAUGUUUUCAUCAAGGAUCUCUCUGUACUUUCCUCCGCUCAUCUUUGCCUCGAUCCUGACUAGUCUCCCAGUCCCUGCAGCUGAAAAACAUCCUCACAGCAUGUUGCUACCACCACCAUGCUUCACCGUAGGGAUGGUGCCAGGUUUCCUCCAGACGUGAUGCUUGGCAUUCAGGCCAAAGAGUUCAAUCUUGGUUUCAUCAGACCAGAGAAGGAUGAUCAAUCUCAAAUUGAUCUCAAUGAUCAAUGGAAACAGGAUGCACCAGAACUUUCAAGUCUCACAGCAAAGCGUCUGAAUACUUAUGUAAAUAAAGUAUUUCUGUUUUUUGUUUUUUUAUACUUUUGCAAAAAAAUCUAAAAACCCGUCUUUUGCUUCGUCAUUAUGGGGUAUUGUGUGUAGAUUGAUGACGGGAGGGAAAUAAACAAUUUAAUACAUUUUAGAAUAAGGUUUUAACGUAACAAAAUGUGGAAAAAGUCAAAGGGUCUGAAUACUUUCUGAAUACGCUGUAUAUUAUGUCUUAA